CCGCUGGGCCUGGCCGCCAUGGGCGGGCGCCCACCCGUCGCGGCCGGAGGGUGUCGGUCCGGCCGAGUCCUUGGUGCCCAACCCAGCUCCGCGGGCAACCUGCUGGGCGCCCGGGAGGAGAACGCGGCUGCAGCUCAAGACCUCCAGCGGCACAUUAUAUCAGAUCCUCCAAGAUUUAGCUUCUCUCCAGAAGCAAGGCUCCAGGAAAUUAAGAUUUUAGUGGUGUCACACAACAUCCCAACGAGGCUCUUCCUGCAGUGGUAUGUCACAAUGGUGACACUGCCUGUGACAUACCUAGAAGAUGUGACGCAAUCACAGUCUACAGAAGAGGUGGUCACUGAAUGUCUUACGCUCCUCCUCAAACUGGGAACAUACCUUUCAAAGACUUUUAAGGUGAGCAGUAAGGGACUGGGUGACAAUCUACAUACCCUUGUUCCAGAACUUCUAAUCCCAGCAGAAACAAUUAACUACUUGUUCAAGGCAAAAGAAUUUAUGAGUCCAGAAGCAUUUCUAAAAAUGUAUAACAAUCCUUUACAGCCUGCCAUGGCUUCAGAAACCGUGUGGCCUACCCCAUGUCACUUGUAUCCAUGAUACACCUGACUAAAGUACUUCCUCCUUAGCAUUGUCAUGUUUUCAUCAUUUACAAGACACUCUUCAAGGCCCCCUUGAAUUCUGUGUAACAAAGUGACCAAGCUACCCUGGAUGCUGGUCUUUUAGAGACAAUGCACUUCUAAGCUGACAUUCUUCCGGGAGACUAGUGGAAGUAUGAAGGAGAUUCUAUGCAGUAGGAGAGGGUUGGGAAGAGGACUUCAAUGUAAGUCAUGUUAUCUGCUGUAUAAAAUGUGAAUAAAUAGACUUUCAAGGACAGUGAAACUA